CUUCGGAAACGGGAUGUGAUGUAAACACAGCAGUUUUUUGUUCCUCUCUGUUGGAGUGUGCUCAGCUCCUUCUUCCGAUUCACUGCUGAGGGAAAAGUUUCAGGAGCGGACGGAGAAGCGCUGAAACCCGGAGCUCGCUGAGCCAGCAGACACAAAGAGAGCGUUAGUUUCCUCCACCAUGAUCCUCUGAGCUCCUCCGUCUGUCUCCGACAACAAGACCACGACCUGCCGGACCGGACUCCGACACAGGAAAAAAAAGUCAGACCGGAGAGAAGCUCGCUGCUGUUGUGGAUCCGGAGGGAAACUGCGGACAGUUCACAGCCUGUGUUGAUGUGAGAGCAGAGAGAGGACGGAGUCAGUAAACAGCAGAGUGAUGGACGCCUGGUGUGUGUGGAGACGUCUGCAGGUCUUCAGGCCAUAGUGUUACUAGAUGUAGCGUGUGUGUUGGUGUGAUUGGCGGACCAUCAUGCACCUCUUCCUGCUGCUGAUCCUUCAAGCCACAGCAGCCUUCGGACAGAUCGACCCCGCACACUGUCGCUAUGCCUUGGGCAUGGAGGAUGGACGGAUCAAAGAUGAUGACAUCACAGCAUCCAGCCAAUGGUACGAGACCACGGGACCACAGUACGCCAGGCUGAAUCGUGAGGAGGGAGACGGCGCCUGGUGUCCUGAGGGACAGCUGGAGCCUUCAGACAGUCAGUACCUGCAGGUGGACCUGGGCCGGCUCACCUUCCUGACCGUGGUCGGGACUCAGGGACGAUACGCCAGAAACUCCGGGAACGAGUUCGCCCGAGCUUACCGCCUCAACUACAGCAGGGACGGCCUGCUGUGGAAGUCCUGGAGGAACCGGCUGGGAAACACGGUGAUGGAGGGCAACAAGAACGCCUACGCCUCCGUCAUCAACGACCUUCACCCGCCGGUCAUCACCCGCUACGUCCGUCUGAUCCCGGUCACCAAGCUGUCCACCACCGUCUGCAUGAGAGUGGAGCUGUACGGCUGUCCGUGGGACGACGGUCUGAUCACCUACAGCGCUCCGGAGGGUCAGCUCAUGAUGCCGCCUGGUUACCCCAUCGCCAGCCUCAACGACUCCACCUAUGACGGAGUCCAUGAGAGGAGGAGGCUGUUCGGCGGCCUGGGUCAGCUGACGGACGGGGUGAUCGGCCUGGACGACUUCCUGCUGACGCGUCAGUACCACGUGUGGCCGGGCUACGACUACCUGGGCUGGAGGAACGACUCGCUGGGAACUCAGGGAUACGUGGAGAUGGAGUUUGUGUUCGACAGGCAGAGGAACUUCACCUCCAUGAAGGUUCACAGUAACAACAUGUUCGCCCGCGGCGUGAAGAUCUUCUCCUCCGUCACCUGUUGGUUUAAGCCCCGCCUCAUCGCCGGCUGGGAGGCGGAGUCUGUGGUGUUCAAGACGGUGCUGGACGACAGGAACCCGAGCGCCCGCUACGUCACCGUACCGCUGAACCGCCGCGCCGCCAAGUCCCUCCGCUGCCGGUUUUACUUCGCUGACGUGUGGAUGAUGUUCAGCGAGAUCUCCUUUCAGUCAGAGGACACCAUACUCCCGACCCAGAUGACCCCGGUGGAGCCUUCUCCUACAGCCAGUGGGGAGAGCACCAUGACAACCACACCAAAGACAGUUAAUCCAUCAGCCAGUGAUCCGCCCGACGACGGGAACACGCCCAUUCUGAUUGGCUGCCUGGUGACCAUCAUCCUGCUGCUGGUCAUCAUCAUCUUCCUCAUCCUCUGGUGUCAGUACGUCUGCAAGGUGCUGGAGAAGGCUCCACGUCGGAUCCUUGACGAGGAGGUGACGGUUCGACUGUCGUCCUGCAGCGAUACCAUCAUCCUACAGACCCCACCUGUGCCCCCCCGCUCUGGACACGCCUCUACAGGCCCGGCCAACGCUGACCCUCACUAUGAGAGAGUUUUCCUGUUGGACCCACAGUACCAGAACCCAGCGGUGCUGAGAAACAAGCUGCCGGAGCUGUCGCAGAGCGCCGAGGCCUCAGCUCUCCUCCUUGGUAACCCUCUCUAUGACCUGCUCCUGCUGACUUCCUGUCACAUGACCUCGGGCUGGCUGCGUGCGUGUGGAGGAGGGUACGCCGAGCCCGACGUCACCCAGUGCACGCCGCACCAGUGUUUCCACAGCAACGCGCCGCACUACGCCGAGACGGACAUCGUGCGGCUGCAGGGCGUCACCGGCAGCAACAUGUACGCUGUCCCCGCCCUCACCGUGGACUCCCUCACCAGGAAGGACAUCUCCGCUGCCGAGUUCCCACGGCAACAGCUGAUCUUCAGGGAGAAGCUGGGGGAGGGGCAGUUCGGAGAGGUCCACCUGUGUGAGGCUGAAGGACUCCCAGAAUUCCUUGGGGAGGGGUCGCCCCUCCCUGACAGAGACGGCCACUCUGUGCUGGUGGCUGUUAAACAGCUGAGGGCCGACGCCACCAGCCAAGCCAGGAACGACUUCCUGAAGGAAAUAAAGAUCAUGUCUCGCCUGAAUGACCCCAACAUCAUCCGGCUGCUGUGUGUGUGCGUGUCGUCUGACCCGCUGUGCAUGGUGACCGAGUACAUGGAGAACGGAGACCUCAACAUGUUUCUGUCGCAGCGGGAGAUCGAGAGCACGCUGACACAUGCCAACAACAUCCCUUCAGUCAGUCUGUCCGACCUCCUCCACAUGUCGGUGCAGAUCUCGUCAGGGAUGAAGUACCUGGCGUCUCUGAACUUCGUGCACCGAGACCUGGCCACCAGGAACUGCCUGCUGGACCGCCGCCUCACCAUCAAGAUCGCUGACUUCGGGAUGAGCCGGAACCUGUACAGCAGCGACUACUACCGCAUCCAGGGCCGGGCGGUGCUGCCCAUACGGUGGAUGGCCUGGGAGAGCAUCCUGCUGGGUAAGUUCACCACAGCCAGUGACGUGUGGGCGUUUGGCGUCACCCUGUGGGAGAUCUUCACUCUGUGUAAGGAGCAGCCCUACAGCCUGCUGUCUGACGAACAGGUCAUAGAGAACACUGGCGAGUUCUUCAGGAACCAGGGCAGACAGAUUUUCCUGUAUGCCCCUCCACUCUGCCCACCUUCUCUCUUCGAGCUGAUGAUGCGUUGUUGGAGUCGGGACAUCCCCAACCGACCCUCCUUCGAGGGACUUUACCAAGCCCUGAGGCCCCACGUCAACCAGUGAGCCCAGGUCGCUGGGAUGUACCACUCUGGCUUUCCUCGGCUUCAGGGGGUUUGUCCAUCUCUGGACUCCUGGAAGACGACAGACUGACGAGAAGACAGAGGAUUGGUUUUGUGUAACAGGAGCGAGUUGCUGUCGGAGGGAGUGAGGACACCGGCAGAGCUGUGGUCAGGAGGUUGGUUUGCUUUGUGGGAAUAGCAGCACGCUAUGGGAAGAUGGGAAGAGAGAAGGCUGGUCAACUCAGAGGAGAAACGUUUCGUGAGAUCCCAACCUUUCAGUCGUAGUGAACAAGGAUUUCUAAGCUUUCUAAAGAUUUCUGUCAAUGCCAGUUUCAGUUUCAUUCGUCUCUUUAAAGCCUCUUUGACCAAAAUGUUUCGUCGGACCUUUUGACGUUUCUUCUUUUCAUGGUGUUCUGGUGCCAAAGGUGCCGUCAACUUUAUUCUUCUUCCUCUCUGGACAGACUUUUCAGUCUUGGUAGUUUCUCCUGUCCCUGUGGUUUUUAUUAUUAUUAUUAUUAAUAUUAAUAUUGUUAUUGUAAAGCACUGUGUCUGUGUCUCUCAGUUAUUCAUGUUCAUAUAUUAACCCACACUGGAGCUAGGGUUAGGGUCAAAUUGUAGUGUAGGAUUUUAUUGUUAGAUUUUUAUUCUAUUUUAUUUUUCUUGGUUUAUUGUAUUUCACUUGUUUUGGUCUGUUUUUGUGGAUAUGAAUGUUGUUCAGCUGAGGUUCACAUCACAGUGCCAAGAGGCUGGGUUGAAACCUGUGUGGUUCACAGACUGAGAGUCAGUCAGUGAGGAACUGUGGGUAAUUUGGGAAAGAAUCACAAUCAGAGGCACGUAGAAACCAAACAAGAAAAAAAAACAGCUGUGCCUUUUUGUUGCCAAAGAGAAACAAAGAUUAUUAGUGUUAAAUAAUACCAUUAUUUAUGGCAAAACAUUAUGCAAAUUGGUGGAUGCUUUUAUUCAAAGUGCCUUACAUUUGUAGCAGGAGUGCCAGUGGGAAUUAAAACAACAACUCGGGUACUGCAAGUGAGGAGGGUCAUCAACCCUCAGAGUGUAAUGCAAACAUCUAACAUUAAGGUAUCACACUGCCUUUGUCUGUGUUUGUGGUGGGGCCUAAAAAUGUGUGUGUGUUAAGUGUGUAUAUGUCUAUGUUAGAGCCCAUAGACCUGUAGGUGUAUGUGCUGUGUCUCCAUCAGCCCUGCUCUGCCUCGAUGGAGUUCGCUGUGGUUUGGUUUGGGUUUAAAUUGGCCAGUUUUGUCUUUUCAUCACCGAUAAGAAAACGGUGAAACAAAUCAAACUGUUCAGAUUAAGAUUAAGUUUUAACAGAAACAGGACCUUUGCAGAAGCUCAAAUGUUAAAGACAAUGAAGGCAGUAUAGCCCGGUUGGUUUGGUGUGAUUUUAAAGACAUGCUACAGCAGCCAAUCGGAUCGCAGCGAGGUAAGAUCUCGGCGACUGGAGAUCAGGCAUAACAUCUACAUUUUGGGCCAUACGUAGCAGAACUACUGUGUUAGAAAUGGGACCCUCAGAGCUGAGGGCCAAUGAGCCACAAGGGACUGAGAAGCAGGGGCUGAUACACCUCGGACAGACGACGCCAUCAGACGAGUCCCGCCUCUCACUGCAUUAACCAGCCAAUCACUGCUGCACCUUUCCCUCAAGGAGAUUCAGUAAAGAAUACACAGAUUCUUUUGCAUGAAUAAUGACCUGUCAACAGGAUGUUUGAAAAACAAGUCUUUCGUGAAAUCUAUACUGAUUUUUACCGCAUAGCAUUUGAAAGAGUCUUGUUUACAGAACUAAUGCAGGAUGGAUGCAGCGCAGAACAAAAUGAAUACAGGGCUGUGGACUUUACAGUGGCCUCUUCUUGUGAUCUUAAGUAAAUCAAUGGAAAGACGGAUACAGAGAGAGAUGAUGUCGACAAUGGUGAAGAUGGGUUUUCCAUGUACUGCAGAGAGAUGGAGAUUCAAGCAAGUAAAACUAAAGGUGAUUGGUCAACACUGCAACUGGAUUAAAGUAUGUUCCUCCACUCUGUCACACCAACAUUAAAUGUCAAAAUCUCAAUGAGCAGCUCACGUCAAUGGAACUGCUUCUAUCAGUGGAUUCAGGCAGAUUUGUGCAAAUCUCUCAGUUAAUAGUCUAGAUAGUUCUCCAAGUUAGCAAGCCUGCUAAAGGACAGUUACGCUGCAUUCAGGUCAGUUAUGUAAUUUUCUACUUUUAAGUAAUUGUGACUGGGAAAGUUGAGUUUUUCUGAAAGUUCUGACAAAUACAACUUUCCAUCAAAGACCGUUGAUAGAGGUAAUUCUGCAGUAAAACAACUAUCACUCAAAUUACACAUUUUGUUUUGUUCAUUGAUAAAGAUAAGAGACGCAGCUGCACGUGAAGACUGAGGAAUUGUUCCCAACAUUGCCUCCCAUGUGGCGUGAACUGGGCAUUAUAGCUAACUUGGAGAGCUAGCAUGUUAGCGUACAGUUCACCAGCUAACGCAGUCACUUUGCUUCUGGUGCCAGCUGUUUUGCAGUGACAUGGAUAAAUGAUGUUGAGCUGUUCACUCUCUCUGGUGUGAUCCAGGCUGAAAUAUCUUCAACGUAAUUAUCGUGUGUGUAAAUGUGUUAAAGCACAUUUUCAUUUUUGAAAUGUCAUCAUGUCACGUCCCAUUCUUUUUAUGUGUGUGUCUCUCAGUUAAUGGCAGUGUACAUGUGUUGUACAGUAUUUUGAAUCCUCCCAUCAAAUUAUUCAAAAUAUAAAAUGGCACAAACCAAAAUCACUUUCACAGGAGCGAGGGAGGAAGACCAAAUAUGUUACGUUUGAGUGCAUCCUUAAGUGUUUUUGUCGUUACAGUAGUGUUUUGUUAUCUGUACUGUAUCUUAACACUUCUCUAAAUGUAUGAGAGUGUGUGUGUGUUUGAGAGAAAAUGAGUUUUGUGAAUGAGUGUUUUCGACAUUCCUUUGAGCACUGGGAGCUCGUUGGGAUUGAAGUGGUUAACCAGAGUUGCUGUGUUGUGCCAUAUGAUGUGAUUAAAUGAGGGAGAGAGGAUUUUUAAAAAGUGCAGGAAGUAAGGAAACCACUAAACUCAAUCUCCCAGAGUCCUUUGCUACAGUGAGCCUGUGUAUUUUGUUCUGGUUGCAUUAGAGAGAUAGGUGAGUCUUUUAGUUUGAUAGUGUACAGUAUAAGUGAUCUAUAAUAUCUCAGUGUGUGAAUGCAGAUUAGGUGUGAUAAUUGUUAUUGAUAAUUGAUUAUCUAUCAGAAUCUAUAGUAGCUAUUUCUCUGAUUAUUUCUCUCCUGGAAAGGUGUUGGGUUCUUUCUUUUUUUGUUCCAACAGGAAUUCAGCAGUUUGGAAUAUUUCUAACAGAGAUGUCCUGUUUGUUUUCUCUCCACUCUCUCAUCCACACUGUGUGAUCUUCAGUAUUGUUUCAGACAUAUAUUGUACAUAGGCUAGUAGCUGUGUAUAUUAAUAUAUUGGGUGUUAGGAACCAUGCGUUCUGUCGUCCCAAGUCAUUUUCACUCUGUAUCCUCUCAUGUCUCCGUUUGUUUUUCUUAUAAUAAACAGUCAAAUUUGUUUAAA